GGGGGCGGCGAAAGCAGAGCUGUGAUGCAGGCAGUGAAUCACAUACGGAUCUGUUUACAAACCGAGAGCUGCAGAUGAGAAGUGGAGAAGAGAGACGAGGGAGGACAGUGAACGUGAGAGGAGCCUGGAUCAGAAUUAAGAUUAGUGCCGUGGUCUUCCUGUGUUACCAACCCUGCGCCGCGGGUUGUGCGUAUGGAGCAGGGAGGCAGAUGGAGGCGCUGCCAUCGACUUUCCACGGGAGAACCUGCCCGGAUAACAGGAACAUCCAUCUGUGUCGUUUUCCUUUGUCUCUCCACAGCAGGAAUUUGAAGCCAUUGAUAAAAGGAGAGACACAAGGAUAUAACAGAGACUUGGGAUUGCUUCAGUGACUGCACGUAGGUUUCUUUGUCAUCCACUGAACCUGACAGUCGGUGGGAGUGUUUAGUGGAUGUCUCCUUUGUGUUUUAGACUUAAGAAAACCUGCUUUUAGGUACCAAUCCCCCAGAACUUGUUGAGAAACCCAAAACUUUUCCCAGCUGAAAAGUUCACAUGUGAAUUGGAUGCAUCCGGUUCUCUGGUGUUACGGACUUCGUCCCUGACUGCAAGAUGACAAGCGAAAGUUUCUUUAACCUGCCGCUUAAUAUUUACAUCAUCAUCCUGAGCAUCGGCCUCUUCAUCUUCAUGCUCAGCCUCAUCUUCUGCUGCUACUUGUUCAGACUAAGAAGACAAGGUACAAGAGAUCAUUAUGGCUACAAUGAGGUGGUACUGAAAGGAGCGGGAAAGAAACUGAGUCUUCUUGGUCAAAUGUGUGCAGUAUGCUUGGAAGAGUUUCGCACGAGGGAUGAGCUUGGAGUGUGUCCGUGUUCCCACGCUUUUCAUAAGAAAUGUCUGCUGAAAUGGUUAGAAAUUCGGAGUGUGUGUCCGAUGUGUAACAAGUCAGUUUGUCGAAUCCAGCAUGAGCCCCAACAAACACCCGAGCAGCCGCAGAGUCUCUCAGAAGUCUGAUAAAGGAGUCCUACUCAGCAAUGCAGAGCACUCUCCGUUCUGCUGAACUCUCACACAGUUUCAAUUUUUUUUUCUUUUUAAAAAUGGAAAUAUUAUUUUGAGGCAGAGUUACUCUUGCAGAAAUUUUAAAAUAAACAUUGUUGUCAUCAGAAGAACAUUUUUGGAUAAAUGUAUGAAGGGGACACCUACACACGAAUGCUAAUGCUAAUGCUAAGUGCCAUAAAGACAUGUAAGCAUGUACUAAUAAGUUUUUAGCAUUAUAUGUCAACCUGUUCAGAGAGAAGUGAAGUGACCUAUCCAAGACGUAGACAAUGUAUUCAGGGUUAGCAAAAAAAAAAGUGACAUACAGCGGACCCCUGUUUGAUUUUUCUGUAGAACUUUGCCUCCAAAUUAUUUGCGUAAAAUCUACUCAUUAAUUGGGAAGCUAGACGCAAUGCUACAUGACACACUAUUGGCUGGUGUUUGAGAAACAGCCAAUCCAGGAGCUCCAUACAUUUUCCUUAGCGCUGAUUGGCUGACCCAUAAGGAUAACAGAGGCGCUAGCUCCUGUGGUAAUGCUACAAUGGCAAUGGUGCAGGAUCCAUUUUCAAGCAGUUUCCACUCUUCAAAUGCUUAAUAGGUGACUUCCUCUGACUUUAAAACAAUUUGGAUCCGUUAGAAAGUGUGCUAUCAAGUUGUGAAUGUUCCCAGAUGACGUUUUGUAGUGAAAUCGAUCAUUUUUGCCUCCAGUUCUGCCUCAGAGAAAUGUUUUCAUGUCAAAUGCUCCCCAUAGACUUCGCACCUUGUGAAAGUGGUGUCUUUUUUCUCUUUUUUUAUUAUCAAGACUUUAAUCAAAUGAAGACUGUUCUUUGGGGAUUAAAGGGGGGAUUAAGCCCACUAUACACCAACACAGAAAGAAUCAAAAAUCUGUUUUGGUCCACGUUCUCUCAAAACUGAAAUGAAGGUUUCCACUCGUUCUCUUAAAUAAGAAGAAAAAACACAUUGGGUUAUUUUUUUAAAUUUACAAAACAUGGUAAUUACAAACCAACCAGCUAAUUAUAUAAAAAAUAACAAAGAAUAUGAGCUCCCUUAAGUAAGCUACGCUGGGAAAAAAGUUUCUCAAAAUGAAUAAAUUAAUAUCACGUUCAUGAUGGGCUUAAGCUUGUCUCCAUGUGACUUUUUAAAGUGGUAGUUAAAUUGUUUUGUAUUAUCUAUAAAGCCUGGAUUUGUUAGUGAUGAGAAGCAGUUUUAAUGUAUUUCUCGAAUCUUGGAUUUGUGAUACCUCAAAAAAAGGAGUACAAAACCAAUUUAUUCUCAACAAAAAAAAAACCAAUUGCUAUUGCUGAACAAAAACAUUGUUUUCAACCAUUAACAGGUAAACAGAUUCUUUAAGUUGCUGUCGUGUUGGUGGGAUGCAUACCUUAAACCUAAUUUUCAGCAUAUUCAAUAUGGUAUAGUACUCUGUAAAUACAAAGGUGACUUUUGUAAGAAAAAAAAACUACAAAAAACAACCAAAUCCAGUAUAACCGUUCUUUUAAAUGUUAUUUUAAAAUCUGUGUUGAUUUUUCUCUGUGAAUAAUUUUACCUAAUUAAAAUGUUAU